CCAUACAGCGCAAAACUACCUAGUUGCUAGGAAGUGAUUAUCUCCCCUCGUGUUUGUUUACGUGAUUGGUCAUAAUCGAUUCUCCUAGUUACGUCCGGGGAUUUCGUCCUGUCGAUGUCGGUGUUAAACGGCAACAUUCAAUAAUCUGAACUCACAAUGUCGUACGACGUGAAAUACGCGCUGGCUCGUCCGUGCAGCCAGAGCAUCUACAACCGCACUCCGCCGAUCGUGGACAGGAUGUCUGCCGUGUCCACCCUCAACCGCAUCGCCAUCGUCGUCUGCGAGCGACUCAUGCUGCUGAUGAACAACACGGAGCUAGUCAAACACAGGAGGAUGACCUGCAUGGACGACGUCCUGCUGUUCCUCGGCGGCAACCACGACGACGUGGGGCUGUAUGGCGACAGGGGCGACUUCUACAGACGCAAGCUGGCCGAGGAGAUCUACACGGCGUUUGCCGUGCACGGCGUGACGCACGAAAACGUCAUGUCGGUGGUGAUGGGCGCCAUUAAACUAGAACGCGAUACCAGGCUGAUUAUCGAGCAAGGCGGCUUAGAAAGAGGAGUGGCGCCCCCUGUCAGUAUCGAUGACACUGUGUUGGAUAUUCUGGCACGCAUUGCCAAUAUGAAUUGAUCGCACCAAUGGUUUACCAUAAUAUGAUACUGAUAUUUUGAAGAUUUUAAUGGCGUUAAAAACUGCAUAGCAAUUCUUUUCAUUCAAUUACUAGAAUCUUACAGAAAUAUUGUACAUGUGAUUUGCUUGGUCGUUACUUUGUAUAGAGAUAAGCCUGUGGGUGCCUGUAAACCCUAUAGUACAUAAUAUAUAUGUUUAGUCUACGCAUUUCCCUCUUCUGUUGAUAAAUAUUCCAUUAUUUCCCCUUACAUCAUGCUUUAGAUUAAAAUCUUUACCAGAAUAGUCACAAAUUGAUAGAGCGAAUAUAAGGAUGUUAAUUCAGUUUUGUUUAAAUACACUCUAGCAAUUGUGUUUAGAACGAAAACAAAAUCUUGCAUCUUAUAUAAAAAGAAAGAAAAAGCAGGCCCCUAGGAUGGGUGUCAUGCGUCUCCCACGUGAGGACGACGUGUACAUUUUUUGUUGUUCUACUCUAUAUAAAAAAAAUAUGGCUUGUCCCUCCCCCACUAGGGUUUGUGAUAUCGUUCUUACGGGCCUGGAAAGAAGGAAUUUAAUAUGCAGACCUUCCUCCUGAAUGUUUAAGUGUGUAUAAAAUAUGUGUAAUAUGUA